CUCAAAAUUUUCAAAAUUUGACAAUGAAUCUAAACAAAACUUUCAAGUUGUUGAAACCCACACACUGGUAUUGGAGAAAUGUGCCACGAUCAAAAACGAUUUCGGAUUUUGAGAUCCAACACAAAACUCCAAAAUGUGUGAAAACAACUCCAAUACCUUUAGCCCUGUAUGGGGGUAACCAUACAGUCACAAUGAUCCCCGGAAGUGGCAUUGGCCCGGAACUAAUGGAAUUUGUUCGUCAAGUUUUUGAAGUCGCCAAAGCUCCGGUUCUUUUUGAAACGGUCACUAUUGACGAAAACCGUCAAGACAACACCGAUCUAGAAUACGCUAUUAUUUCAAUCAAACGGAACGGAGUUGCCAUUAAAGGUAACGUAGACACAUUAAGUGAAGAUACCACUGUUAGACUAAGCAAUGUGGCCAUCCGAAACGAGUUAGAUUUAUUCGCCUAUUUGAUGCGUUGCAAGUCUUACCCUGGAGUAAAAGCAAAACACCAAAAUGUGGAUAUUGUGGUCGUUCGCCAAAACACUGAAGGUGAAUACUGCAUGCUUGAACACAGCAUUAAAGACGGAACAGUUGUUGAAAAUUUGAAAAUUAUUACAGAGGAGAACUCACGACGAGUGGCCAAAUACGCGUUCGACUAUGCUCGCAAAAAUGGACGAAAAAAAGUCACAACUGUACACAAAGCUAACAUUAUGAAACUUUCCGACGGACUAUUUCUACAAACGGCAAGAAAGGUUGCAAAAGAUUAUCCAGACAUUCAACAUAAUGAUAUAAUUAUCGAUAAUUGUUGUAUGCAACUUGUGAGUAAGCCGCAACAGUUUGACGUCCUUUUAACACCAAAUUUGUACGGAAAUAUUGUCGCUAAUGUUAUUUGUGGGAUUACUGGAGGUCCUGGUCUUGUCUCUGGACGAAACUACGGGGCCCACUAUGCUGUUUUUGAGCCAGGGACUAGAAACAGUGGUCGAGCUAUCGCUAAGAAAAAUAUCGCAAAUCCGGUCGCUAUGUUAAACGCAUCUGUUGAUAUGUUGCACCAUUUGGGGCAAUUGGAACACGCAAAAGUGAUUGAAAAUGCGAUUUUAAAAGCUGUAACACAGGAUCGAGUUCAUACGCCUGAUUUAGGAGGAAGUGCUAGCAGUGUUGAAGUUGUAACUAAAAUUCUCGAAUAUAUUUGAUUAGGGUUUGUUUU